AUGUCGGGAAGAAAGGUAUUGGUACUUGAUAAUGGCGCGUACUCAAUUAAGGCAGGUUACGCUGACUGGACUCAAGCAAGAACUAUACCUAAUUGCACAGUAACGCGUGGAAAAGGCGACAAAAAGUCAUAUAUAGGGGAUCAAUUAAGCACGUGUACAGAUUUUACUGGAUUAUAUUAUAAAUUACCAUUUGAAAAGGGAUUUCUUAUAAAUUGGCAAAAUGAAAAAGAAGUUUGGGAUAGAAUAUUUUCUAAAGAUGUUCUUAAUUGCGAUCCGAAAAAUACUACUCUAUUAAUUACAGAACCAUGUUUUAAUUUACCAAACAUUCAACAAAAUUACGAUGAAGUUAUAUUUGAAGCAUACGAAUUCGAAGCUUAUUAUAGAACAAUUGCUCCAUGGUUAUGUAUUCAAAAUGAUACAACUUCACUUUAUAAAGAUCGAUUUUAUAAACCUAAUGAAGUGCCAGAUUGUGCAUUGGUUGUUGAUUCUGGUUAUUCUUUUACUCAUGUUGUACCUUUUGUUAUGGGAAGACCGAUAUUACCGGCCAUCAGAAGAAUUAACAUUGGAGGAAAAUUGUUAACAAAUCAUCUGAAGGAGAUUGUAUCAUUUAGGUAUUGGGAUAUGAUGGAACAAACUUAUAUUAUGAAUGAAGUGAAAGAAACGUGUUGUUUCGUUUCUCAAGAUUUUUUAUCAGAUCUAGAAAUUUGUCGAAAAAAUCCACGAGAUAAUCCAAUUCUUCAAGAAUACAUUCUCCCAGACUUUUCAAGAAACUCAAAAGGAUACAUAAGAGAAAAGAAACGUGGAGGAGUAUAUGAUCAAUCCGAUGAACAAGUAUUGUACAUGAACAACGAAAGAUUAUCUGUGCCAGAAAUAUUAUUUAAUCCUAUGGAUGUUGGAAUGAACCAAGCAGGGAUUCCUGAAGUAAUAGUGGAAUCUAUCAAUGCAACUCAUCCUGAAAUGUUUCCUUCUUUAUCUGUAAAUGAUGUAGAUUUGCAUGGAUUACUUUAUGGAAACAUCAUCCUGGUCGGUGGAAAUUCUUUAUUUUCUGGAUAUAAAAAUAGAAUUGAAAAGGAUUUACGUUAUCUUGCACCAACGGAAUUUGAAAUUAGGGUUGGAAUGUCAGAAAAUCCUGUCACAUAUGCAUGGCAAGGUGGUGUUAAAUUUGCAAAUUCAGCUGAUUUUAACGAGAAGUUAGUUUCUCGUGCUGAGUUUAAUGAAUAUGGCCAUAACAUUUGUCUCCAAAGAUUCGGUUUAGGCGAUGAUGACGAAAUAGAAAUGUCCGAGUAA